GAGCACAUAGGGCACGCUUCCGGCAGUUGUCCACACGGGAUGAUAGGGUGGAUUCUUGCCAUAGCUAUCCUGCGCUCACUGUAGGAACGGCGAGCGUGAAGUGCCGGGGAAUCGAGAGAUUGGUCUGAUAUCACGGUUUCACUUUCUGCCUCGCCGCAUCGUAUCCUCGCCAAGACAUCGUGCGGGCCGAACGAUGGACGACGAGCUGGAGGGCGAAGUUGUGCAGGAGAUCUUCUGGGCACACGUGAGUCUUGUGUCGCGAGCAGCUCGCACCGAACUGCUGCCGAUGGCGGACGCGGCCGCCUUCUACGUGCGCCUGUACGUGCUGCGGCCGGGCACGCUCGCCGUGUUUGUGGCACUGUUGGCCGCGGUGCUCCUGUGCCAGUCGACGAACGACGCUUGGCUGCGGCUGCUGCUGCGCCGCUUCGAGCUCCUGGGCCGGCCCGACGCCGUCAAGCAGCUGCUGAGGCGCAGCCAGCCCGUCGGAUCGUCCACCGAGCGUCGCUCCUGGGAGCUGCAGGCAAAGCACGCAGGCGUAUUUGCAAUGCAGGGGCGCAGACCACGCAUGGAGGACCGCUUCUGCAUUCUCAGCAAUGAGCAGCACGAUCUUCAUCUUUAUGGAGUCUUCGACGGUCAUGGUGGCGAGGUGGCAUCGGACUUUGCUGAACAGCGGCUGUUUCCCUCGCUGAUGCCGAAGCUUGUGGAGGCUGUGCAGCGGCAGCAAGCCACAGGUAGCGGUGAAACAGUGGAGCAACUGCUGUCAGAAUUCUCACAGCUGCUCACUGACGAGAUCCUGCAGUUGGAUACCGAUCUCCUGGUCAUCCUGAAAAACCGGCACGACCUCUCAGGCUCAACACUGCUGGUGGCAUUGGUGCAUGGCCAUCACUUAGUGGUAGCCAACGUGGGCGACUCUCGGGGCGUGCUGGCCGACCGGCGGGGACAGGCCCUGCCUCUCUCGUUUGACCACAAGCCACAGCAGCUUAAGGAGCACAAGCGCAUUCGUGAAGCUGGUGGCUUCAUCACCUUCAAUGGUGUAUGGCGGGUGGCCGGCGUGUUGGCAACGUCCCGUGCAUUGGGCGACUACCCGCUCAAGGAGCGUCGUCUGCUUGUUGCCCAGCCCGAUGUGCUCACCUUCGACCUGUCUGGAGGGAAUGGAGGGGGCGCCGCCUGUGCCGUGCUCGCUUCGGACGGCCUUUGGGACGCUCUGAGCAACGAACAGGCAGCGUUGCUGGCACUGAAGCACCUCGACGAACACCUCUGCGGGGCCCGGGAACUGGUCGUGCGGGCAUUCAAUGCUGGCUCUCUAGAUAACAUCACAGCACUCAUCGUGGACUUGCGCAGCCGGGCAGCGGGAAACGCUACAGUCAGCGAGUGAUUUCUUUGUGGUACACGUGCCGUCACACACCGUCUGCGGCACACCCAGUAUGCCAGAGUCUCCGAACUCUAGAAGAGGCUUUGCUCCACCACUGGCCCUCUGUGUCUGCAGUGUUGGCCUUUUGCAGCUUCAGGCUUUUUUCAGUUGAAGUAGCCCUCGUCCAGCCGACAGACACACCAACUAUGGGAACUCAUCUGAGCAAGCGAGUGAGCAACAGGAGCUGUAAUCUCUAUUGACUUUGUAAUGUGUUUGUGCUGUCUUGUAGCACCUUUUACCUUUUGUUUUUAUUUAUUUAAGUUGAAGCAUACCGAACCACUCCUCUCUUUACUUGUUUGCUCCUCAUUGUUUGCAGUGACAGUUGUUAGCUUUUAGUAAUUAGUAGAGUAUUAUUCCGCUGUUGAAAAUUGCGGCACUAUUGUACAUAGUCCUUUAUCUGUUCUGUACAUAGUUUUUGGUGCUGAAA